CUCGUGGAUGGUUUCUUCUGGUCGAGCUCCUAUACCGUGCAGGUGCGCACCUGCUUCUCGGCCCCGCAGGAGCGACGGGGGCGGGCGAGCGGCUGGCCCGGAGCAGGGCCGCGGCGCGGACACCGGCCGCUCGGGCCGGGGAGGCCACCAGGCCGCCGCGGAGAGGGCGCGCCCCGGGGUCGGCAGGGCGAGCACCAUUGUCAGCAGCGACUACGACUCCCGCGCCGGCAGCUACUCCCAGGUCGCAUCCAGCCGCACGCACGGUACCGGCGGCGGGCGCAGGAGCACCCUGGGCGGCAGCCGCAGGUACACCACGAGCAGCUUCGCCACGAACACCCUGGACGGCAGCCGCAGGUACACUCGGAGCAGCUACGGCGACAGCCCCUACAGCGACGACGGGGGCCACGGGCGCAGACACACCAGGAGCAGCAGCGCUCUCGGCUCGGACCCGGGCAGGCGCAGGUACACCGCGAGGACCAGCCUCACCGAGAGCGUGUGGACGGACGACAGCCGCGGCUACGGCAGACCUGGACCGCGCAGGUCGACGAGGGGCAGCAGCUUCUACAACUACUCCGACGGCUACGACAGCUGGUCGGACAGGGCCCACGACAUCCCGAGGGACCACGCGGGGAGAAGCGCUGCCUCGUCCAGGAGUUGGACGGGGAGCUCCCGAAGCACAUCGCGCAGCCAGGGCGCCGCGGCGGUGCUGGAGAGGCGGGAGUGGGCGCAGCGCGGCGCGGCGGGCCCACCGGCGGCGGGCUCGGCCCGCAGCCGCGGCACGGGCUCUGCCCGGAAGUCCGCCCAAAGCCGCGGCACGGACUCCGCCCGCAGCGCCAAGGAGAAGGCUCAGCGCGGCGUUGUCCAAGCCCACCGGAGCGCGGCAGCGAAGAGGGCCUCGGCGUCUUCGAGCAGCAGCAGCAGCAGCAGCAGCAGCGACAGCAGCAGCAGCAGCAGCGACAGCGACAGCGACUCAAGCUCGUCGUCCUCGUCCGACUCCAAGCCGUCCAAGCCCGCGGCCAGGCCUGCGGCCAAGCCUGCCGCUAAACCUGCGGACGGCAGCGCAGCUUAGAGGAGCGCCCCCCUCCCACCCGACGGCGCAGAUGCAGCGGCAGCAGCGGCGCCUGCCCGCCACAGCGCGGGCUCCGCGGGCGACUCCUGAGCGGCCCUCUCCCCCGCACAGCUCGAGCCCCCGCGCAGCUCUGGUGCGCCGGCAGCCCCUGCUGAGCGCCAGCCGGCAGCGUCCGCCCCUCUCUGGCCCCGGGCAGGGAAACCUUCGCGCUCCGCUCCACGGCACCGCCGUGGGCAGCGCACGGACGGGCGCCUUUAGGAACGCGCCGAAAGUGGCAUUGUUGGGCCUCUUUAUCUGGGCUCAGGUCGGGCCAGCCCCUCUACAGGAGGAAUAGCCAAAAAUAGUCAAAACAAAUCACGAUUAUCCAAAGCGGCAUUUCUUGGUGCAUCUGUCGUGCACUGCAGCGCUGCUCUCGCGACGGGAGGCGCUGGGCGCGCGCUGGGUCGCCGCCCGCCCCCGGAAAUUUGCAGAGCUCGCGGCGGGGCGUGGAGCGGCAGCCCCUGCCUGCGGCCGCUCCCCGGCCCAGGCUUGGCAUCGCUCGGACGUGUGCGUUUUUUUCCUUCGGC